AUGCCACCCCCUGGCUAUGCCACUGUCGGAGGCCACGUGCUCAUCAGCACCACGGCGGCGCCAACGGGCCAGUACCCGGCGACUAACCCGUUCUCGUCGUCGUCGGCCGCCGCAGCCAAGAUUUCCUUCUCGAGCUUCAAGCAGGGUUUCACCAGCACCACCAACUACCUCCGGCGGCGCUUCUCGUCGGGUGACCUCUCCGGGGAGCUCGACGACCAGCCCGGGGCCGCCGGCGAUGCGCCCGCCGCCGCCGCCGGUGCACCGGCCGGGGCACCGGCCAACGCUGGCAGCGCGCAGCCCGGCGACACCGACCUCUCGCUCAAUCUGCGCCCGAGCUCGGCCACCAGCGCGCCCAGCUCGCCGGCGAGAAGCGGAGUCAGCUCGUUGCUGUCGCGCGGCGCCUCGCUGACCGGACGUGUGGUGGGCGGAGGUGGAUCGAGCACGGUCGUCGGCAAGGAGCGACAACUCACGUUGCUCGUGGUGGACGACGCGCACACCGACUGGUCCAAACACUUCCGCGGCCGCAAGGUGCACGGCGAGUGGGACGUGCGCGUCGAGCAGGCCGAAUUCAAGGAUCUCAGUAUAUGGGCCAGCUCCGAGGCAGGCGCCACCGUCAGCAUGGCGGCCAUGAGGCAGGGAACUAAGGUGGUUCGCUCGUUCCGGCCGGACAUGGUGCUUGUGCGGCAGCACGUGCGCGACGGCAGCCGCGACGACCGGCCCUUCCUGCUGGGCCUGCGGCUCGGCGGCGUGCCGGCCGUCAACUCACUACACAGCCUAUACAACUUUCAGGACAAGCCGUGGGUGUUCGCCCAGCUACAGAGCGCCCAGCGCCGCCUAGGCCGGGAACAGUUCCCUCUCAUGGAGCAGAGCUUCUUCCCGAACCACGCCGACAUGCUGGCCGCCUCCAAGUUUCCCUGCGUGGUCAAGGUGGGCCACGCGCAUGGCGGACUGGGCAAGGUGCGCGUGCAGAGCCAGCAGGAGCUUCAGGAUGUGGCCGGCCUGGUGGCGCUCGCAGGCGGCUACUGCGUCGUCGAGCCGUUCGUCGAGGCCAAAUGCGACCUGCACAUCCAGAAGAUCGGCUCCGCGUACAAGUGCUUCGUGCGCAAGAGCAUCAGCGGCCACUGGAAGGCCAACGUGGGCUCGGCCAUGCUCGAGCAGGUGCCCCUGGCCGACCGGCACCGCCUCUGGGUGGACACGGUGUCCGAGCUAUUCGGAGGCCUCGACAUCUGCGCCGUCGAGGCCAUACAGGCCAAGGACGGCAGGGAGUUCAUCACAGAGGCCAACGACUCGGCUAUGCAGCUUUUGGGCGAGAGCCAGGAGGAAGACAGGCGCUUCAUCGCUGACCUGGUGCUCCAGCGGAUGCAGCAGUACUGCCGGCCGCCCCAGCAGAUGGGCGUUGCGCCCGUCGCACCACCCGCGGCUGCAGCACCCGCUGUGGCCGGUGCGGCCCCGCCCCCCACCGCCACACAGGAACCGCGUGCAGCCGCCAACCCGCGGCCACGGCGGGAGAGCCAAACGAGCGAGAAGGGCGAGGACCCGGACGACACCAUGAGGAACCUGCGCAAGACGUUCGCCGGCGUGUUCGGGGACAUGUAGGCCAGACGAGACGGCGCACUGCAAGCAAGCAACCCGCUUAGCCGUAGCUCAUCGUGUACUAUAGAAAAUGCUGCAGGGCAACCUCGAUGAUGACGCCGAAUCCCCAAGGGGCAAAUAAAACGCCCAGAGACACUCGCCGCCACACUGUCAUGGCAAACGCCGCAGCGGUGUCCUGCGCUCUCUCGCCGUUCAGUCGGGCUAAUCGGCAACCUUGUGUGUCUUACGACAAGCCUUCUUCAACACCACAUUCCGAGUCUGGAAAAGAAAAAUGAAUUAGAGAACGCGUGUCAUAGACUACGCUCUUACUGUCACCAAACGUGGGCAAGACGUAUAACUUUGGUUUCAAACACCGCCGAGGUGAAAGUGCCGUCACUAUCAUCAAGGGAUUUGUACGAACGUUAUGCAGCGCCAUGAUAGGCUGUACAAUUGCGUUUAACCAACGGAUCCGUCCUCCGUUCGGCAGGCCUUCGUUUUAAUCGUCCGGCGUUUUCUUCCUGUGGACGUGCGUUAGCCGUCGCGACGCGAAUGAUGAGCCCAAACACUAUUCUGAAUUUGUUCCUGACAAUCAGCAACAGGCACGCCUAGAAAGCCUUGGGCGAGCACAUCCGGUCGGAAAGCCCUUAAAAUCUGCGCAACUUAACCUAUUAUUCGCUAAAGAGCCACCAGAUAUGCUCCUCCAUGCAGAUGGCUUUAUGUAGGUGCCCUCGCUUUUUUGGUGAGUCAUAUCUGAUGCGGACGGCUCCUUCGUGCUUCCUGUGCCUUAUCGCACGGACGCUUUACGGAUGGCAAAGACUCAUCGUACAUAGUGCGGAUAGCUAGCGAUGCAUAUCUGCCUUAUGGUUGGCCAUUGAGGAAUAACGGCAUGCUGUCUCGUGUGGACGCCGGACGCCUGUUGGCUGUCUCGUUACUAAGCAUGCUUCCUUCGGAGUCGGCAAUGCAACUUGUGUUGCUCUCCGUGUCCGGGAAAGUUGAAAAAAGGCACGACAGCACUUAUACGCUUAAGUCUAUGCACAAAAUGUUCGCAGUAUUGCUCUUUUGAUAGUAACAAUACGCACGCAAUCUGAAACUCCGGUAGGACUCAUGCGCAUAAAGACAGGAAAGCAAGAUUUCCUCGUCCAGUAAAGGUGCGCAGCACAAAUAUAGACGGGCUGUCGAGGUCAUGAAGGCAGAAGGCUUUUUUUUUUUUUGUCAGUGUGUGAACACGGUUUCAUUAAGGUCUCGUAUGGUUGCGAACAACUUAGGGGUGACGUAUGAAUAGAAGCGCGAACUGGGACUGCCACACAGAACAAAGUUACUGUUGACGUUUCGGCUAUUCAACGACGCCUUUGGUUUGGCAUGGCGAUCCCUGCCAUUUGCAUCAGGAACAAGCUUCAAAAAACAUUCCAUUAAACAUUGGUCGUGUUUAUCGGUAUUAAACAGUGAUAUAAAAAACAUAAUUGAAUCUGAACACGUUAUGUGAGGUAGAUUCCGCACACGUUCUGUAAUGGCGACUCAGAAAUGAGACCGCGCAAAUGCCGAGCCCUCACUGGUUCUCGUGGGGGGCUCGCGCACAUCACCGAGGUUCCCCUGCAGCGCCCUCCUGUGGCAAGCAACCGUGAUGCUGACGCAGUUCGUUAUUAACGUCGUUGUUGUUAAAAGACGCUGCCGAGCGACAAAGCAGGCGGCAUCGUGGCCGACGCCGAGAUUGCGCAGGCGCUCUUCAUGACGGACAGCGCGCACGGAAUUUUCGUUCGUCCGUCGCACUGGGCCGUCAGUCAUGACUGCCGACUACUGGCUCAUUUUGACGAUCACGACACCUUUCAAGUUCCUGCUUUGUUAGGCCCACUGAAUUGCGAUACUCUGGUCAUUGUUACGCCUGCUCAAUUCAGGUCCUAAGAAAAAUCUGGCAGAAAACUAUCUUCGACGCCGCCUGCAAAGCUUCGAAUGGUCAAGCUUGUACACUUGGUUUUGGCCAAAUUCUAUCCUGAUUUUUGCACGUGAAAGCAACAAGAAAUAAAGUUGACCGGCACUAGUAGGGACACAGCGCCUUUUGAGGUGCACAGAGACAGGACAGAAGAAAAUCGCUCAAACUCUUUCGUUGUGCAAUAGUGCUCGCUCUUCUUGAGAAGUUCAUUCGGGUAAACGUAGUUGCCUCGCAAAUGACACCGCAUCGUUAAUUUCAGUUUCAUUUUAUGCGCCCCGAUUGACAUUACCGCGCCUUACUUGUCAUCUUCAGACAACAUACAAUUCUUAGAUGAGCCUAUAUUUUCUUCCAUUGUCUGGAAAUAAUCGAGUCAACAAUACCGCAAAAAAUAAUAAACUUGAAACAGAGAGGCACGCGCUGCGCGCGAAGGAGAACAAAAGCACGCAAAAAAGGAAAGCAAUAGAAGAGACAACUUUAAAAACUAACCGGUUCUCGGCCAAUCCCCCAGUGUGGGUAUGAGCCACAGUUCUCAGGUUCUACUCUACUCUACUUAAACGACAGAGGUUCUCGAGGGAGGGACAUAAGUAGAAUUCGCUAAACACGGCCAGAUAAGAAGAGUGCAGUGCGUCGGCCACGAUGCGCCUCCUGUCAGGGUGCACUGAUAGUCCCCUGCGUAUACGACGCAGGCAACGGUGCUUGCUUGGGACAGCACUGUUCCGAGUCCAGCUGCGAAGCCGCUCGAGUGAAAGGAUGGCCACAGCGAACCGACUACAGCGAGGAACCAUUCAGUAUUUCCAGCGACACCGAGCACAGCAGCCUCUCUCGCGCAGUUGCCAAAAGAUUCAGCCCUACAGCCAACAUUUCAACGGCGUGGAACUGUUGACCGUGGCACCGUCUUAGCUCUUCCAGCACUCAUAGUCCAUAUUUCUGUAGAAAGUUCGCGGCUAUGGCGUUGUGCUGCUGAGCUCCAGGUCGCAUGUCGACGGGCGCGAUGUGCAGAAAACGCUCCUGUACUUCAGUGCGAGUUAAAGAACCCCGCGCGAUCAAAGUUACUUCGUGGUACCCCUCAACGUACGACGUGGUUUCGGCACGUAAAGCAUCAAAAUUUAAGGACUGAGGACAUUGUUGCAAAAGUUACAAAGUAAGCACAGUAUACGAGCUUCGACUCGACAUACACGGUGUUUUUGUCCCCGUUGUAAUGCGUCAUUCUAUCCCUCAUAUUGCAGGGCCGCAUAGAAGACAACUGCCAAGAACAAACUUACAGACGCCGCCAAGCGCUAGCUCUAGUGGGCUUGUUGUUUCUGUCCUGUGGCCAUGCCCCUCCCUCGUUGCGUGCUGAGCACAUAAGCUCAGGCUGAAUAUCCUGUGCGUCUGUGUAUGGAGUCCAGGACUCCGUUCUCAAUGGUGUGAUACAUAAGUGCUAAUCGAUGCUCGUUCCACGCACGUGGGUACCCCGUGUGUGACCAGCAAGUUCUUCUUCAGAUGUAGAAAUAAAUGUGCAUACCCGCUCGCUUACCCUCCUCCUGUGAACCCCCGUCACAACUCCAUAGGGCUUCCUGCAAACAGAGGCAAGCGUGACGCACUUUUUGACCACCGUGUUUGGAAUGAUGGGAUGCGUUUAUAUAUGGCUAUGACAGUCCUCAUUUCUUUUCACUUCUCCGGCUUUUCUUUUUUUUUUUUGUCGAUGCCAUUGUCAUAAGAUUAGGAUACUGUGCGCCUCUCCACGCAAUACGGCCGCAGUGGCGUCAGGUAACGCCCGUUGGUACUGGCCAUUACUGUGCCAGAUUCAAAAGCGAAAAAAAAAAAAGAAUGCCAACAUUAAGACUUGGUGGUGUCUCGCGGCCCAUGCAUCAGUUUCUAGCUAGUAAUCUUUUGAAGGACAGGACAAUCUAGCAGCUGCGGCUUCGCUGCCAGAAGGCGUCACCUACGUAUAUGCCACCGUAGCCGCGCUUCCCAUCCAGACAGAAAGCAGCGCCACGUUUCCCUCUCGGUCAAGCUCUAUGGCCGCUCUCCUUGGAAACAACGACGAUCGUCUCGAUGAUCCACUGCCAGGCUUGCCAGCCCAAGAGUCACUCGAGCCGGUUGUGUUGCUGCUUGCAAAUCCAAAACUGCACGACUGUGUGCGUUGACGAAUGGUGGAGUAGGACAAAGAAGGCAAUAAAGAAUGUGGCCACCC